AUUGUUUGUAUAAAUUAUUUAAAAUCUAUAUAAGUAUUUUAAAAAAUUUAGGAGAAAUAAAAGAGUUUUGACAUUCAUAGUUUUUCUUGUUUUGUAUUUGCUUUGAAGUUUGUUUUUGUGGAGUGUUUUUUUUGGUUCUGAGAGAAGAUAAACAGCGCUUUUAAAUGUUGGUUGAGAAGGCCAUUCCCGCCAACCCAACAGGCUCCAGAGCUCUUCAACAGCACCUCUUCUCUCUAUUACAGAGCUGCAAUUCCAUCAGAAAGCUUGCCCAAAUUCAUACCCAGAUAGUCAUUAAUGGAUUUUCCCAGAAAAGUUAUAUUCUUGUUAAGCUACUCUCGUUCUAUGCCGUUUCUGGUUAUCUCCAAAAUGUAUCUAAUCUAAUUCAGAAUAUUGAAAACCCAAGUACUACCGUUUGGAACCAGAUUAUUAGAGGCCAUGCUCGAAGCUCAACGCCGCAUAAAUCGGUUGAAUUCUUCAACCGGAUGGUAGAGACAGAGGUCGAGCCCGAUGAGUUCACGUAUUCGUUUCUUAUCAGUGCUUGCGCGAGGUGUGGAUUGUUGAGAGAAGGUGAACAGGUUCAUGGGAGAGUUUUGGUGAAUGGGUAUUGCUCUAAUAUGUUUGUUCAAACGAAUUUGAUUAAUUUGUAUGCCAUGGCUGGAGUCGAUAGCAGUAUUAUUUAUGCACGUCGGGUAUUUGAUGAAAUGGGUCAAAGGAAUGUUGUUAGCUGGAAUUCAUUGCUUGCGGGUUAUUUUAGGUGUGGAGAUGUUGACAAUGCACGACGAGUUUUUGAUGAGAUGCAGGAGAGGAAUGUUGUAUCGUGGACAACUAUGAUUGCGGGGUGUGCUAAAAGCGGGAGGAGUAAGCAAGCUUUGACUCUGUUUUGUCAGAUGAGAAGGGCAGCCGAUGUUAAAUUCGAUCAGGUAACUCUAGUGGUAGUAUUAUCGGCCUGUGCUGAAUUAGGGAACUUACAAUUGGGAAGGUGGAUUCACCAGUACAUAGAAGAGAAAUUGCGAAUCAGAACCCAGCCAUUGUUGGUGUUUCUGUACAAUGCACUCAUACACAUGUAUGCAAGCUGUGGUGUAAUUGAUGAAGCCUAUAAAAUAUUCAAAGACAUGCCAGAGAGGAGUACUGUUUCUUGGACAAGUAUCAUCACUGGGUUUGCAAAACAGGGGCGUGGGGAAAAAGCUCUUCGUGUCUUUCAACUAAUGCUAAGUUCUGGAGCGAGGCCUGAUGAGAUAACAUUCGUUGGGGCUCUGUGUGCUUGCAGCCAUGCUGGAUUUGUCAAUGAGGGCCGUCAUAUUUUCAAGUCUAUGACUCAAACUUGGGGAAUCAACCCAAGGAUUGAGCACUAUGGUUGCAUGGUUGAUCUAUUGAGUCGUGCUGGUUUCUUAGAUGAAGCAUAUAGACUUAUAGAAACCAUGCCCAUAAAGCCAAAUUAUGCUGUGUGGGGUGCUCUCCUGGGUGGUUGCCGGCUUCACAAGAAUUCUGAGCUUGCAUCAAAAGUUUCUCAAAAAUUAACGGCCGAACUUCACCCUGAUCAAGCUGCAGGCUAUCUUGUGCUGUUAUCACAUGUAUUUGCUGAUGCUAAAAAAUGGCUAGACGUUGCUGCUGUGAGGCAUAAGAUGGUUGAGAUGGGUGUGAGAAAGCCUCCCGGUCGAAGCUGGGUUCAAAUAAAUGGAGUUAUUCAUGAUUUUGUCGCAGGUGACAGUACCCAUAAGCAUGCACCUAUGAUCUAUAAGAUGCUAGGUGUAAUCACUUGGCAAACCCAGUGUGAAGGCUACAAACCAGAGAAAUCAUAUGCGUUGUCAUAUGUUGAAGAUUGAUGAAUUUUAGAGAUGGUUGGAGUAUUUUUUUUAUUCUUUGGACAUGAUAUACAUCCCAGGCUGCUUAAAUUGAACUGCCAUGCUAAAUUACUACCAAGUUGACAGCACUGCAAAUCCUUCUAAUCUGUCCAGCUGAACCAGUGAGAGGCUCAAUAUCUCCCAUUUUAGCCAUGGCAGAGGCAAAGUCGGUCAAAAAAGCUGAUGGGGUUCCUGCUAUACUCAGAUACAAAGCUAUCCGUGGAUCCUCCACUAAACAGAACUUGAUCUGAUUCAAGAAGACCCUUCUUCUGAAUCAAGUUCUUAAAGUAAUUAUUUUCAAAUGAAUUUGGCAUCACCAAGUCAAGUGAUGCCAAGUGUCCAUUAUCGGCAUCAGCUGGAGUACAACGACGUCUUCGAGUGGUAGCAAAUCCAGCAUCGAUGUUGCUGCCGUUGGUGUUAAUUCUGUCAUGGAAGGUGACAUUGAGCUUGUCCAAUUGUAUGUGAACCUGACAAAGCUACCAUGUCCCUUGCACUGAGACCUUUAGCAGCAAAUGCAGAUAUAAGAAUUUCAAGGCUAGCUCUGAAACUAGGAAGAUCACUAUUAGCUCCACCAAGGCUUGCUGUAGUAGAAUCUCUUCUUCCAAGCUUGACUGUCCAAGAGGGACCACCCACCUAUACAUAUACAUGUUUGUAGGCCACUAAUAUGUGUCUGCUUAUGCAUAUAUAUGAAUCGAAACUAAUAUACAGUGUUUAUUAUCUACUA